AUGGUGUUCUCCACCCCAUACCAUCCGUGUGGAAACUCUAUCACCGAACGGUUACAUCGAACCAUGAAAUCAGUGCUAGCGUCUCUCAGGAAAGGACAACCGCACAGGUGGUCCGAGUGCCUCACGCAGUGUCAGAAGAUCCUUAAUGCGGCCGUACAUGAGACCACUGGCGAACAGCCCUAUUUCCUUUUCUUCCGGUGCCAUGCUCCUCGCUUUGUGGGAACUACUUUGCCCCAGGUGGACGAUGAAAUAGACAUUAAUACAGCCUUGGAGGCAGUGAGACAGUCAUCCCGUGCAAAUAGCAGGAAGUGGUUAGCUAGAGUGAACAUUGACCAGAAGGACCAAAGAGUCGAGGUAGAUGAUUUGGUGUGGAUAAAAAGGGAACAGUUUGGUUCGUCAGCUGAUAGAAAACUUGGUCUCAAGUGGAUUGGACCGUAUAAGGUUAAAAAAGUGAAUUUAGAUGGAGUGUCAUAUGAAGUGGAAAAUGUGUUCAGUGGCAAAAUACUCCAUAGAGCAGCUGACCGAGUGAGAAAAUAUGUAACAGAUGAAGGGUACGUGGUAGACAUGGAAGAAAUUGUAGUGCCUUCCAAUGAGGAGGAAGAAGACAAUGAGGUAGAGGAGCCCAGACCGACUCGUGAGAGACGGCCAGUGAGGAGAUUUAUAGAAGAAUAUUAA